UAAAACUUUGGUGUUUCCACCGUAAGAGCGCUCACCUCAACCCGACUCUAACUCGAUUUGAACCCUCGAUGGAAACUUAGUCUAUGACUAAUGAAGUAAAAAGUGAGCCACAGAAGUGGAGAGGGGACCACGUGAGCUCAGUCGAACUGUGCGACAACCUCAUUCUUUUGUCGAAUUGACUAUACAUACUUUGCAGUGAUAAAAAGUUAACCAUUCAUGUCAGUUAAUGCUAGGUCCACUGAUUGUUAAAGACUAAUUAGUAUGUGUUGUCAUUAUGUUAAAAAUAACGAAACCUGUAUUGUUUAUUUCACUGUUUUAUCUAGUAUUGAUUGUUAAUGUGAACAAUUAUUACUUUUGUAUUAAUAAUGCAUCGGCAAUAAAAUAUUCAAAUAUGAAAUAUUUUCACCACGAAAAAGACUUCAGAAUGGCAGGAAGAAGUUCUAGCAGGAAUAGAACAUCAGUUCCACGAUCACCACAAGAACGCAAAGAAAUAUUGAGAAGAAUAGCAACAAAAACUGAGUCACUUCAGGAAUCAAUCAGUGAUGACACUAUACAAGUUUUAGAAUCAUGUAUGGAAGAAGCAGAUGAUAUUAACUGUGAAACAAGUUUAGAAGAAAAAUUACAUAAUCAAGAAGAAAUAUUAUUAGAUUCUGAAGUAAUGAAUAUAUCGUCUAAAGUCUUAAAACAAUGUACUAGAUCAUUAACAAGGCACAUGUCCUUAUAUGAUCAUAAAGAAUUUGCUCAAAAACUGGUCCAAUAUGUAAAACAGAUUCCAAAUGUCGAAUCAGAAACACCAGAUUGGUCACUUUUGGAAUCACAAGUUACAAAAUGUUUGAACAUAACACCCCAAUACAGCACAUUAUUAGGUACUUUAGCACCAUUAGAAAAAAAAGAAAUUAAUAGAAGAAAACCAGUAGUCAGAGAAGCUCAAGCAGAAAUAAAAAGACCAGAAAAUGUUGUAGCAGUUGACAAAGAAGAAGGAGAUUUAGAACAAACUGUACGAAUGAAAGAUUUCAUCUCGCGAUAUUAUAAAACUCACCGUAAACCUGUUGAUUUCUUUAAAUUAGUUUUACAUCCAAAUGAUUUUGGAAAAACUAUUGAAAAUAUUUUACAAGUAUCUUUUCUCGUUCGAGAUGGUAUGGUAAAACUAACAAAAGAUGACUCAAAUCUACUUGUUGUUCAACCAUGUACUAAAGAAAUGAUAGCUCAAACAAAAACAGAGAAAUAUCCCAAAAUCCAAAAUGUAAUUUACCUGAAUAUGGAACAAUGGAAGGUUCUAAAAAAUACUUAUCAGUUGAAAAAACCAAUGAUUGAUUUCGAUAAUCCAACGUAACACACAAUUGGAACAUUCAUAUUAAAAGUUAAUAGUAUUAUUUGAUAUCAUUAUAUUGUAAAAAUUCGAAUUAUUUUAUUACCUAAGAAGAAAUUUGUACGUCUAUUUUCUUACUAAAUUAAAAAAAUGUUACACAAAAACGAAGGAUUUUUCAAUUAUAAAUUUAUCCAUGUUUUUGUAAAAUUUUUUAUUACCUCCUAACAUAUACUAAAAUGUUUGAGUAUAUGUUAUUAUUUAACAAUAUGAUUUACUGACUCGAUUUAUGAAUACUGAAAACAUCUG